AGAUGACGCAUCGACUGCUGCAAAAGAAGGAUAAUAAUUUUUCUCGUACGUAUUUGUGUGUUCAAUCAAGAAUUUGUGUCUCUAAUUUAUCGGAUUUAAACUAUCAAAAUGAGUUUUCUGACGAAAAUGUUCGGAGGCAAGAAAGAGGAGAAAGGCCCGACAACGCAUGAGGCGAUACAAAAAUUACGUGAAACUGAAGAGUUGUUGAUCAAGAAACAGGAAUUUCUGGAGAAGAAAAUCGAGUUGGAAAUCCAAACAGCUAGGAAAAAUGGCACCAAAAAUAAAAGAGCUGCAAUUGGGGCGCUCAAGCGUAAGAAGCGCUAUGAGAAGCAAUUGACCCAGAUUGAUGGGACACUCACCCAGAUUGAGGCGCAGCGUGAGGCGCUUGAGGGAGCUACCACCAAUGCCCAGGUGCUCAACACAAUGAAGGAUGCUGCCAACGCAAUGAAACUUGCUCACAAGGAUAUUGACGUAGACAAGGUGCACGACAUCAUGGACGACAUUGCGGAGCAGCACGACAUCUCGCGCGAGAUCACCGACGCCAUCAGCAACAACGUCGCCUUCCCCAACGACUUCGACGAGGACGAACUCGAGAAGGAGUUGGAAGAGCUUGAACAGGAGGAUCUCGACAAGGAGAUGCUGGGCAUCAACGUGCCCACAGACACACUGCCGGACGUGCCUAGUGCGGAGCUCGUCCACGACAAGCCCAAGCCCAGCAGGUCCAAGCAGACUGAGGACGACGAGGAAUUCGCAAAGCUGCAAUCCUGGGCUACGUAGGCUGAUCGAGGGUCAACUACUUGUACGUUGUGAUAUUUUGACGGUAGCGAGUCGAGUGAAGGUUUAGUUUUGCACAGUUAUUAAGCUCAAACGGAAGUGAAAUGUUAACCAUAAGUAUAUUAAACACAAUCGCACUUAAACUAUCGUGAGACAUAUUUCAAAAUAUAAAUAUAAAUAAUAGUGAGUAAAAACCGUACUGAUAAAUAUUUUGAAAUAUAUUAAACACAGUUUAAAAAUAACCAUCAAGGGCGAGUUCGUUUAAUUCGCGCACCGAGGGUUCCGUGCAAUUAUCAGUUAUCUCAUGCGACUUUAAAACACGAAAGAUUUUUGACCAGAAAUAUACUAAGUAUAAUUGUGUAUAGCGCUAUCUAUCGGCAAAUCGGCUAACUAAUGUGCGCGACUAAACUAAUGUGUGUAACUAUGUGAUUUCCUCGUGUGUCACAACUUGAGGGUGUUGAAUAUGUGUGCGAAGUCUGCUUGUUAUGAAGUCACACAUUUUCUUAAGCGACCCUACGUCUAUAUCUCUGUAUCUUUCAACUUUGUGAUUUAGCAUAAUAGACAGUAUACGGAAAUCUAAAGGUGCGUCCAGUGUGAGUUACGUUAAUUAGGCGUGCUAUAUGAUGCAAAUAUGCUGGCGGCGCAUUCGCCGAUGUGGACGCUAAGGUGCGCCGAAUGCCACGCAAAAAUGUCUCUGAGAGAAUUCGCCCAACACUGAAGCUAGGGGUAGACUGCUUUACAUCAGUGUUUCACAAACGUGUGGCGUUCACCACCGCCGGCUUCAGCAUGGAGCGAAUUUGCUCGCAUUUUUUUUGGCUCAGGCAUGAAGGUUGAUUUGAAUAUAAUAUAUGAUACAAUUUCUUUAUCUUUAGUACUAUUUAUACAUUUUAGUGAUAUAUAAUAUAUCUACAGGGGAAAUAGCACAUUUUAUCAAAAGUAAGCCUUCACUCGAACAUGUGUAUAUAAAUAUGUAUGAAACAAUCGUUCGGCUUUAUGUAAUGCGGUUAAAUGUAAUCUGCCUUAUAUAUUUACUAACUGAAUUUUGUACUAUACGUGAUCUAGCAAAUGUGAAACUGUUCAAGUUGAAUAGACUAUUACUUCAUAGUUCAAAUUUGUACUGUGAUUGUGUGUUUCCUGAGAAAUACUUCGUAAUAUCAACUGAACAUCAGUAUAGUACAAAAUAUCAGUGUUUAGUCCAAAUAUUGAUAGAAACUGAUGGAUAUGGGUAGGAAGAUGUCUGUAAUAUAAUGUAUAUUUAUUUGCUGUUUUUCUAAUCAAUAUGUUGAAGAAAACUAUUUUUAUAUUAAUUUUAAUUCGUUAGGUUUCGAAGAUGUUCGUUAGGUUUAGGUUGCACUAGAUAAGAAAAUUUGCUACAAAACGCUUGAACUCAAAUCAUCGCUUUUCAUAUCACUUUUAUUUGGUUGAUAUACCUACCAAAUAGUGCUUUUUUUACUGAGGGGUAGCGAGAAAUUUUAUAUCAAUGGUGAUAAAAUGGUAGGUUGGGUUUUAUUGCCAAUCACAUGAAAUUUCGUCUCGGUCAUCGCCUAGCCUCAGUAGCGACAAAAAACCAGAAGCAAGUGUUCUCAUUAACAAGUGAAAAGCGUUGACUUUACCCCAUUUCGGCAACAGAGUUGGGUAAAAGUAAGUAGUAAAUAUUAGUACAUAACCUUUGUUUCUCAUUCGUACUAACGUCAAUAAAUGUAACCUAGGAUUACUGCCUACAUGUAUGUUCUAGAAGGAAGCGUAUGUUUUUUAAACUCUUAUUUUACCUUGUUUAUAAUUCAAUACAUUUUACCGAAAGA